ACCCACAUAUGUUGACUCGACAGCAUCAAACGACAAAAAGGCACUGUUUCCCUUUUCGUGACUUUCUCAAACUCCAUACAACACACUGCUUCUGCUUUUAUUUUCCUUUCUUUCUCCUUUCCUUUCCUUUCUCUCCAUUUUCCCCGUACCACCAUUAAAACCACUCCCAAACACACUCACACAGACACUCAAACGAAACCCUCGUCGCAAUGGCGGAGGAGGAAAAACACCAGCAGCUCCAACAAGAGCAAGACCCUCACAAGCUCUUCCGCUCCUACAUAGGCCUGAGCUUCUCCAUGUUCCUCGCAAUGCUGGCCAACAACUCCGUCCCGGCGCUGCAGGGCAAGGUACGCUCACUCUCCCUGCGCGCGGCGGAUGCGGCCGAGGAGCUCCGGCAGAUGAAGUCGCGGCGGCAGGAGGACUCCAAGGCCAACGCGCGCGUAGUGGAGAUCUUCGCCUCGCACCGGAACGCGUGGCAGGCGGAGGAGAAGCGCCUCCUGCACCAGAUCGACGCCGCGGCGGAGGAGAUCGCGCGCCUGCGUGGCCGCGUGGCUGAGCUCGAGGACGCCGCCGCGCGCGCCGAGAGGGACGUCGCCGAGCGGGACGAGAUGAUCGGGUUCAUGUCGCGGAGGAUCGAGGACGAGGGAUUGGGUGGGAGGGAGAGGGAGAGGGAGAGGGAGGUGUACGGUAAGAAGAGUGAAGAGUGGUUUCAAAAAGAAGAAGAUGAAAUGGUGGGGUCCACUGCUAGGAGCUUGGAAGAAGAGGUCGAGGUUAUCUAUGAAGAACAACAUAGUCAGCAUUUUGGGAACAAUAAUGGCUUUGAUUCAGAGUUUAUGGCCUCUGCUUCUAAGUUCUGGGCUGAGAAAGCCUCGCUUUGGCAGGAUGUACAGUAUGAAUCCCUUGAAUCAAUGUAUAAUACAAAGCAUUUUGUUGCAAGAAGGGAGUCUCCCUGGAAGGUUGAUGGUGAUUCUGCUGGAGUUUCCUCUAAACUUAAAUUACUUGAACAGGACUUACUAAAUCUGGAGAAGAUUGGUAAGAAUCAUCCAUCCAAGGUGUCAUCCUUGAUUAAGAAGCAGGCAAAGAGAUAUCAAGCAAUUUCAGAAAAAAUUGAUGAUUUAUGCAGAAGAAUAGCUAAUGAACCCUGUGAACCCUCCCUCAGUACAGAAUUUCGAACGCAAACUCAAACGGAGUUUCUACUGGAAGCAUUUCGGCUUCAACAGGGGGCAUCUGAAACUGGACAGAAGCUAAUGGCAUUGCAAACUGAAAUUGGGAAGAGCCAUUACAGGGACGAGUUAAGCGAGACAACACCGAUCACAAGACGGUCUCUGGACUCAAUUAGGAACAACUUCAAAGAAAUCCAGCGAAAUCUGGAGAUAUGGUUGGCCAGAAUUAUUGGCGAUCUUGAGGGGAUUCUUGCAAGGGAAGGUGCAUCUCGCGUAAGAGAAUAUUACAUUUCUAGAUAUCCUUUUGUUCAAUAGAAUCUGAGAGCUGUAGGAAAAGCCUCACCUCUCACUCAAGCUAACAAGUUAUCUCUUGUGGGUAUUAUGUAUAUUGUUUCAAUUCAUAAAAGUGGUAGUUGGAUAUCCCUGUCAAAUGAAAUCAUACCACUGCUGCUUAUGUUGCUAUCUUCCUAAAUAUGUUUUUCUUCUCUUCCCCCA